AAUCACAUCUGGAUUCAUCGUUUACCUUUCACUAAGUGCUGCGUUCUUGCGACCCUCUUCGCUGACGGGUAACAACUUGGUUAUUAUUUCCCCCUUGUGGUUGCAGGAAUCCAUUACACCCAGUAACACAAUAUAACCUCCACGUUAAGUUGGCAUUUUAACAGAUGUAGAUUUUUAUAGAGCUGAAGUUCAGCUAGAUGUAAAAAUUGAGUUGCAUCUCUCUUCUCUCAUAGAGCUGUAUUCCUGUCUAUCCUGUUCUCAUUCUCCCAUCAUCUCUGGUCCUUUCCUACUACUUCCUGUUCCAGCUUUCCUUCGCUCAUCGACGACCUCGGCUGCUCUUUUCCCCUUUUCUCAUCGUUUAAUCUGUCUCCGUUUUCAUCCCGUCUCAGUCUCUCUUACGCUGUCUGCCUCGUUUUUCUCCCAUCCCGCUGCUUCAUCGUGUUUUAGAAACGUCACAGAUUAAUAUGGGAUUAUGCCCUGGAUGGGUUUUAAUGGUUACAUAAAGACCAGCAGCGCUCCGACCAGAAUAACUAUCUGGGAUUAGAUGCAUUUGCGUGUUUUGCGGGGUAAGACCAGGAGCUGCUGGUCUUACCAGCAAACGGAUGCUGGAAAGCUGAACGGAGCGUUGUACUCUGGCCAGCUUGGAGUGAAGUAGGAUGGAUGUCCAUCUGCUGCUGGCUGGCUGAAUGUCGCUGUUUUUAAAUCUUUUUGGACGCCUUAUCUGCUUGACGUCUUCUACAACUUAAUUUUUUUUUUUUUACCUGUGAAGGAAGACCUGAGAUUUGCUUCUUGCAUCAAUGCUAUUUCUUUUGAUCGGUUCCAAGAGUGGCCAUGAUGUUCUGCACAACCUUUCUUUCGGCCCCAUGUGAGGAGCUUCUUUCUGAGGGUGGGGUCGGAGGAGGCCGAGCGGCUCCGGCAGCUGCUGCUGGUCCCGAUGCUGCUGGUGGGUUGGGUCCAGGCUGUCUGUCUUCAUUUCACUGCCUGGUCCUCCCUCAGGACGAACUCUACCCGUCUCUUUCUGACUCUUCCGCUCGCACGGAGGAGCGAGCUCGCAGCCUUGCGGGUAAAAUGCUAGUAGACGUUGGGUUGAGCAGCUGCCGAGCAGGAGAAGGCGGACGGGUUUGGGGCAGGGCGGGAGGACGAUGCGCUCGCUCGGCGUCACCACUACCCUGCUUAACUCCCAAAUGUUUCCGUAAAGCGAGUUCAAGAGGACCUGCGUUGCCCAUGGCGACCGUCGACAUCAAACACCCAGAGAUCAGCAACUCGCAUCGUAUUCUCAACAACGCUCCGAUGAACAGCCUCGUGCACGGCUCCUUCCCCAGGAGGAUCAAGAAGGAAAAGGUGAAGAAGAAGAAGCUGACCAAGGCCGACAUCGGCACACCCAGCAACUUCCAGCAUGUAAAUCACAUAGGAUGGAACCCAAACACCGGCUUUGAUAUGAAUAACCUGGACCCAGAGCUGAAGAACCUGUUUGAUUUGGCCGGCAUCUCCGAGGCUCAGCUGAAAGACAAGGAGACCUCCAAGGCCAUCUACGACUUCAUUGAGAAAAAUGGAGGCGUGGAGGCCGUCAAAAACGAGGUACGGAGACAAGGUCCGCCCAGGUGGAGCGCUCCUCCACCGCCUCCACCCAGAGGUGGCCCUCCUCCUCCACCCCCACCCCAACAUGGCUCCGCCCCUCCACCACCUCCUCCUUCCCGGGUGGUCCGGGGCGCCCCGCCGCCUCCUCCCCACUCCCGGCCUCCAGUCUCGGCGCCCCCGCCUCCGCCCCCCUCCCGCCCGGGUAUGUCCGCCCCGCCGCCUCCGCCACCCAGCCGCGGCGCUCUCCCGCCUCCGCCCGCCCCGGCGCACGCCUCCCUCCCCGUGGCCCCGCCUCCUCCCCCUCCGCCGCCGGCCAGCAACGGCGCUCCUCCGCCCCCGCCCCCUCCGCCUCCUCCCGGACCUCCUCCUCCGCCCUCCAUGGAGGCCAACGGAGGGGAGGGCAAGUCUGCGCUGCUGAGUCAGAUCAGAGAGGGAGCGCAGCUGAAGAAGGUGGAGCAGAAGGAGAGGCCGGUGUCCACCGGCGGCAGAGACGCACUUCUGGACCAGAUCCGACAAGGAGUCCAGCUGAAAGCCAGGGACGAUAACUCCGAACCGACAUCUACUGACGCAGCACCGACAGCGGGCAUCGUCGGGGCGCUGAUGGCCGCGAUGCAGAAGAGAAGCAAAGCUAUCCACUCUUCGGACGAUGACGACGACGACGACGAUGAAGACGACUUUGAGGAAGAGGAUGAAUGGGACGACGAGUGAAACUUUUUUUGUCUUUCCUUUUUUUUUUUUUUUUUUGCCCUCGAUGACACUAAAAUUUAUCCCAGUCUUUCUAAAAUAAAGUUGAUGACUUCAUAAUUAUAAUUAAAAAUGUUCCUUCAGUUUUCUGUACAUUUUUAUUUCUGUUGCCUUUAUGCUUUUUGUUUUUUAUUAAUCUGUGCAAUACCUCAUUUAAUCUAUAAAUGUUUGUCGGUCUAAUCUUAGAGGUUGUCUACCAUCGUUUGCGCCAUCUUGUCUCCUGAUGGGAUUAAUUUUCUUCCUUUGUUGCUACGCGGCUCAGACGUCUAUAUUUCCAAAUGUGUUGAUCACGCUCUGUUUGUCAUUUUUCACAUCUGCUGUCUCCUGUCACACACGAUCCGACUUUGCUCCUAUUUUCACCCCGAUGUGCAAUUUUAAACGUCUCUUAAGCAUUUGAGCUGAAUGUUGGCUACUUUUUUUUUUUUUUUUCCCUCAGCGCUUUGAGAGGGCUUACAGGAUAGCGAGACAAGUUGCCACAAAAUCUUAUUUGUAUCAUUGUUAGAAAGGGAGAAGAAAAAAAAAAGAGGCUAUUUUCAUACCCGGUUGCUCUGUAGUUUAUUUUUACAUAUUCAAAUAAUUCUAGUUUAUUGAUCAUAUUUUCUUAAAAAAAAAAGAGAAGAAAAAGACAGCACUCUGGAAUAUUUAGCAUUCAUUCACUGUGGACUGUACAUUUACUCUAAACUUUGAGUCUUUUUUUGCACAUAUUGAAAACUCCGACUCGUUGCAGGGAUAGAGAACAUUUUAGGGUUCGCAUCAUAAUUUAAAGUGCACGUGCUUUAAGUAAUGUAGCCAAAUACAUGAGGAAUUGAAAUGGUAGAUCAUUAACACUACAAACAGUAAAGAGGGUAGCCCACAGUGUUAUGUUUGGCUCUUUUUUUUUUUUUAUUUCUGCAACACUACAGGUUUAAUUGACUUUUGUGCUCAUUUGUUUUGGUUUUUUUUACAGUAGAAAGCAGAGUAUUAAUAAAUACCUGUUCAUUGUAAUCAGGUAAUUCAUCAUGUGAUGCUAAAAUAAAGAUAUUUUAGUUUUGCACACUGAU